CAGCUCUUGGGACAGGCCUUGACACUUGAAAGUAUGUCAGGAGGGGGCCCAGUCUUGAAGCCUUCGACACUGCGAGCGUGGAAAGUGGCAACGGGCGUUAUUUGUCUUGUCACGGGCUUCCAACUAGUCUUUCUGACAGACUAUGGGGACAAAGAGCAUGUCUUUACACCGAUUCAGCGGUGGUACAUGGGUCAAUUGGAUAGCUUGCUCGGUGUCGAGAGUGAAGUAGCCCGCCGGCUCAGGACCCCCACGUUCAGCCUCAAUUCUUCCAAAGAGGCAGAAGAGAGUGCACGCGCUGCCACUGCGGCUCCACAACCAGACGUCAAUUUGUCACACUCCCCCUCUAUGCCCGCGAAGGCGGGGGAGGGAGUUAGGGAAGGAAGGGAAUCGGGUGGAUGGAGAAGAUGGAUAUCCUGGUGGUAAAAAUAAGCGAGGCAUACAUACAUACG